AUGGCUUCCAGCGUGCGGCAGCCAUGGCACCUCCUCCUGAUCGUCCUCCUCCCGUCCUUGGCCACGGCGACGGUGUUCGACAACAACUACGUGCCCUCGUGGGGCGCAGACGGCUACCACCUCGUCGACCAGGGCACGGAGACCCGUCUCACCAUGGACAGAACCUCCGGCGCAGGGUUCCGCUCCAGGUCGACGUACGGGUCGGGGUUCUUCCGCAUGAGGAUCAAGGUGCCCGGAGGGUACACGGCCGGAGUCGUCACAGCCUUCUAUCUGGCGUCGGAAGCACCUUAUGAUGGCGGUGACCGCGACGAGGUGGACUUCGAGUUCCUGGGCAACGUGGACGGCGAGAACAUCACCCUCCAGACCAACGUCUUCGUCAACGGCGACGGCGACAGGGAGCAGAGGCUCAACCUGUGGUUCGACCCGGCAGCCGACUUCCACGAGUACAAGAUACUCUGGAACCCUUACCAGCUCGUGAUAUUGGUGGACGAUGUGCCGAUACGGGUGCUGAGGAACCUGACGGGGCAGGUGCCGGAGUACGAGUUCCCGGCGAAGCAGAUGGGCGUGCGGGCGAGCCUGUGGGACGGCUCCGACUGGGCGACGGACGGCGGCAGGAUCAAGAUCGACUGGGGCCGCGCGCCCUUCACCGCGGGGUUCCGGGGCUUCGACGUCGACGCCUGCGCCAACACCAGCUCGACGCCGUGCGACUCGACGGACCUGUGGUGGAACGCCCGCAGGCACAGGCGGCUGUCCGUCCGGGAGCAGGCGGCCUACGAGCACGUCCGGAGGACGUACAUGAACUACGACUACUGCGCCGACAAGGAUCGGUUCCAGAACGGCAAGGUGCCGGUUGAGUGCAGCUACACUACAUAG